GUGACGAAGUACGCAAACACUAGUGACGAUGUACGCACAUUGCUUAUUGGUCAGUGUGUCAGCUCUGUUGUUGUUAUAAAGACGCUCGGAGGGACUCAGGAUGCUGCGAUUGCGGUGCAAGGCCAAGAACGGGACUCAUCUGAUGCAAGGCCUGACGCACCAGUCCCGUGUUCAGGAGCUGAAAGACAAGGUGGAAGAGCUGACCGGAAUCCCGUGCGGUAUGCAGAAGAUCAUGGUGGGCUACCCACCCUCAAGCUUGGAUCUCCGCAACGGACACGCACAUCUGAAAGACUACCCGAUAAAAUCAGGAGACACGCUGAUUGUAGAGGAGGAAAAGUACAAGCCUAAAGUGACCACACCAAAAACCCCGCUCCUGGACCACACGCCUGCGCUGGAGCGCCGCGCUGUACCUGCCGACAACUCCUGUCUGUUCACCAGUGUUAAUUACGUGGUGGAGGGAGGUGUGUAUAACGCGGCAUGUGCGGCCGACAUGCGGCAGCUCAUCGGCCACAUCGUAGCCAGCGACCCCGCCGCGUACUCCGAGGCCGUGCUGGGGAAAAGCAACGAGGACUAUUGUGCUUGGAUCCGCCGCAGCGACACAUGGGGCGGCGCCAUCGAGCUGUCCAUCCUGUCCAAGUUCUACCAGUGCGAGAUCUGCGUGGUCGACACGCAGACCGUCCGUGUGGACCGCUUCGGUGAGGAUGCCGGCUACGGCAAGCGCGUGCUGCUCAUCUACGACGGAAUCCACUACGACCCGCUGCAGAUGCUCGUGCCCGGGACGGACUGCCCUCCGCAGACUAUCUUCUCCACUUCCGACGACGUCAUCUUGGCGCAGGCUCUGGAGCUGGCCGACGAGGCACGCCGCAAACGCCAGUAUACCGAUGUGAACCGCUUCACGCUGCGCUGCAUGACGUGUCAGACUGGCUUGGUGGGACAGAAGGAGGCGAGGGAACACGCCAAGGAGACGGGACACACCAAUUUUGGCGAAGUUUAAAACGCGCAAACGUCAAACGUGUCUGUUACCAUGACGCUACACGUUCUCAUGAUUUCACAGCCAUGUCUCUGUGCCGUUCUCUACCUCACGUUAUUCUCAUCCCCCUCCCUUUCAGUAUUGCAACUAUGGACGACACUGGGUAUUGACGUUCUCAAGUUUGAAGCGUUAAUUUGCUGUGUGUGUGCGCGUAUGUGUGUGUGUGUGUGCACAGUUACAGUAUUGUAAUAAUGUCUUCUUUUUUUUUUUAAACAUGUAUUAGUAGCAGUUGAAUCUGUUGCCUAAUCGACUGAGCCUCGAUUUAAACCAAAGCUUAAGGGUGCUUUCACAUAUGCAGCGUUUAUUCCGUUUAAAUCGAACCCUGCUGCGAUUUCCUCUCCGGUAAAACGCAGCGCUCGGGUGAGAACCGAAACUGAAUGAGGCAGACUACCAGUCGAACUCUAGAUCCUGAGUCGGCUUUGAUACGGGAAGUGAACCGAGCAUGCCGUGCGUUUUGGGAUACAGGUGACAGUUUCCUUUUCUGAUGUGAGCUGCUAAAAUGAGCUGUGAGGAGCAAACUGAGCCAAAGGACAGAGCAGUAACGCUGCAAUUGAUGAAACGUGAUGCGUAGCGGAGAAUAUAAAGAGUGAACGUGAUGCACAAAAUGUCUAGUGAUGUAUCGAAGUGUUCUCCGUGAUUAUGGUUUUCACACACUCUCGGCAAGGGCUCUCGCUUAUUUUAUUAGGUCAUUCUAUACGUUCUACACGUACAAACCCCCUCAGCCAGUAUCAAUUUCAACCAAUGGACGAACAAACAGGCAUGAAGGCUCCCUUUAACUUACAAAACCGUCACAGACUACAUGGCAUCAUCACAUUUCUUGCACGUUUUCUAUGGAAGCAUUAUUUUUUUCACUUGAGCUCUCAAGAGCGACAUCAUCAUCAACUUCAUCCUCCUUCUCGGCCGAAAGGUCGAACUGUCGAUCCAAUUCUCAAUAGCCAAUGAGAGUAAAGUGCUGUUAAGCCCCGCCCACACGAGAGGUCUGCACCAGAACUGCUGACGCAAAUUUCGAAAGCAUAAACGCUAAAAUGCGUUCAUAAACCGCGAUUAGUGAAAAGGACACUUAGCAAACUGUUAGCAAAGAAUGCUGUUUAUUUGAAGACCGGGUUAAAUUUUUGAUAGCGAGUUCGCUGUUUUUAUUACGUUUUUGAAAACGUAAGUUCGAUACGUUUGGCACGAAUUCAAUCCCGUAUACCGAUGCCCUCACUGUAACAUUUUUCGAAAUCAGAGUCAUGAUAUCGAUCUAAGUCUUUAAGAGGAUUUGCAUCUUGCGUUCACAAUCUGCGUUCUGUCAGUCGACGUCGCAGGCGUUCACGGCCUGAAAUACAUCAGCGGGUCAGAGGCUCUGUUACACCAUUAAAGGAGAACUCCAACCUGAACGAAGUGCUUGUUAAUCUUUAGAACUAACACGCAAUCUUGUUAAUGAAAUUAUUACAUAAAGAGGUCAGUGAGGCGGUGCUUUAGUCCUUUAACCUGUCCAGCUCUGUCGCCUUCUCGUCUCCGUACACUCUGCUCGAACAGAUCAGCUUCCAAAGCUUCUACCGUCACGCUCAUCAUAUCGUAGAUCACCAAGUGGAGUCUGCACCGUUCGACCUCCAAUUUAACUUCAUCGUUUAUCAUGGUCUGCAUUGCAUUCUGGGACUUUUCCUUACAGCACCAACCAACAAAUUAGCACUGGAAUCACUGAACAUUUCAAUUUAUACCUAUUUAAUGUGUUUCAGGGUGAAGUUUUCCUUAAAGGUAGUCUAAUCUCGUGUUUUCAAUGUCACAGCGCUUUUUGGGAUUACAAUCCGAUCAAGCGCUUCAUCGGAUCAGUACAUCCCUAAUGUAUUUCCAGAACGAUCGAUGGCACUACAUGGUCUUAAAUGCUCAGUAUCUGAUUAUUCAGUGUUACUUGAAGUGCUUGCAGAGGUGUACGACGGUGAACACCACAUCUGUAUUCGCCCUUAUCCGAGCUUCUUGUUUUUAAGUAUUUGUUCAACUUCAGCUGUAACGAGAGUUACCUGUAUGUUUGUAAACAUAACGGUGCUGAUGGUGGACUCGGUUACACAUUAAAUUGCGUAGUAGUGUGCAUUUUCUGUUCAUGGCGUAUGCAAAACAAAUUGGCUUUUUCUUUUUAGUGACUGCAGUGGCAGUGAGUUUUGUUUUGUUGUUGUGGGGGUUUUUUUCACCGCGUAUAUCAGACUUUAUUGAAACACUGGGGCAAACGUCGCUCGAUAACCGAGUGUACUAAGUAGUACGAAUGGAGAAACUGUAUAUAGUGUAUUCCAGUUAUGAAAACUCAAUACAUUUACAGUCAGGUACUGUCCACACACUACAAAGCUUUCUAAGUGAAUUUUCAAUGGUAAUUUUUACAAGAAUCUGUUCCAGUGUGAGGCCAAAAAGAAAUGUUUAGCAUUAAACCUUUCCUUUUUUUGGGGGAGGGGCAAUGAUCUAGUCAAUCUUUCUUGUUGUUAAUAUUAGAUUAAAACUUCAUUACCGAGUGAGAUGUGAGUGGGUGAGAAACUGCAUGAUAAAGCGGUGAAACCAGAAAUAAAGGUUACAUUGUUCGACUGAA